AUGCCCGUCUUUACUCGUGUAUUUGUGCCCUUCAAUGGCACCGACCAAGGCAAUGCAACCUUCACGCCCCCGGGCUCGUACACCCAGUCUAUCGAAGACGAGAACAUCUGGUGGAAAUACAUGUCCGGGGCGAUAAUGCUGAUUGUUGGAGUCGGAGGCUUUGUCGUCGCCGUCUACGUAUGUGUAGGCAAGCGAAGAAAAGAACGUGCCGAGCGAGCCUCCCGUAAUGCGCCCGCGGUGGGUCAUCCCCCGAAUGCCCCGGCUGAACUGGGGAAUGACAACGAGAUGAAUUCGAUCCACAGCGACCCACCGCAGCCCCACGAGGCACCAGAGAACGCCGCUGAGCUACAGCAGGUACACGAUGAACCAAACGAGCAUGUCCUCGAGGGUCCGGAGGGACGCGGUCGUGAUGCCGUGGGGCGUGGUGACGCUGCUGGAGGCGCCCCAGUCGAGCCAAAUGUGGCUGUAGCCAGCGGAGGUGCUUGA